AUGUCAGUUGGAAGUAAACGGCUUCAAAGAAGUUUGGACAUGCGUUUACUCAACUGGACCGGUGAUGGUGCUCCCUUGGCUUUACAAAGCAGAGCAAUGGGUUCGGGGGAAAAUGAAGUUCUUCAUAGACUCGGAUGGAAUGUACCUAAGGAAGAAUUGAUACAUAUUCAGGAACACUGGCUGAAAUUUUCGGAGCCACCAGCAUCUUUACAUUUUCUCUUAGGUUUAGUAUACAUUGGCUUUUUCAUCAUUGCCAUAAUAGGAAAUGGAUUGGUUCUUUGGAUAUUUUCAUCAGCAAAGAGCCUGAGAACAGCUUCCAACAUGUUCGUCGUCAAUUUGGCCUUUUGUGAUUUCAUGAUGAUGCUCAAGGCGCCUAUCUUCAUUUAUAAUUCCUUCUACAGGGGUUUUGAGUUAGGAAUAUUAGGUUGCCAAAUAUUCGCUCUAAUGGGAUCACUUUCUGGAAUCGGGGCAGGAAUGACGAAUGCUUUCAUUGCUUACGACAGGUAUACCACUAUCACGAAACCUUUCGAUGGAAAACUGACGAGAACGAAAGCAUUCAUGUUCAUUUUGAUUAUAUGGUUGUAUACAAUCCCAUGGGCUGUUAUGCCUUUGACAGAAGUUUGGGGAAGAUUUGGACCAGAGGGCUACUUGACAGCUUGCUCCUUCGAUUAUUUAACAAACACUUUCGAUAACAAAAUGUUCGUGGGUUCAAUCUUCUUUUGUUCAUAUUGUAUUCCCAUGUCAAUGAUUAUAUACUUCUACAGUAAAAUAGUCAGUACUGUAUUCAACCAUGAGAAAGCUCUACGGGAACAAGCUAAAAAAAUGAACGUAGAUUCUUUACGAAGCAAUCAGAAUCAAGGAAGCCAGACAGCAGAAGUUCGUAUAGCAAAAGCGGCCAUAACAAUUUGUUUCCUCUUCGUUGCAUCUUGGACACCCUACGCUGUGUUGGCUCUUAUUGGAGCAUUUGGUGACCAAAGCCUCUUAACUCCAGGUGUUUCUAUGAUACCAGCCUGUACGUGCAAAUUUGUUGCAUGUUUAGACCCUUACGUUUAUGCCAUCAGUCAUCCAAGAUACAGGCAAGAACUUCAAAACAGGCUGCCAUGGUUAGCAAUCAAUGAACCUGCUGAGGAUACAAAAUCCGUUGCAACAGCUGCGACUCAAAACAACGAAGAGAAUCAUGAACAGAAAGCGUAAUAGUAACAAUAAUACUCCUAUGGAAAAGUGAGACUGCGGACAAGAACAGAUUGCUUCGUUAUGUGAUAUAAUAUCUUUAUUAUUCAUAAAAUAUUGAUUCUAUUAUUUUGUAUAUAAUGUAUUCUAGGUAUUAUUCAUAUAUGAUAUUUUUCAUGAGUAUUUGUAAGAAUUAUUUGAAAUAUUUAUUAUACUUUUCUGUAGACUUGGAUACACGACUUGAGCCGAUGAGGAUUCGAUAACGAUGCUGCAAACCUGAAACUGUAUAAAAAAUCCCAUAUUUAUUGAAAAUCUAUUAUAGAUUCCUGAACAUUGA